AUUGCCAGGUUGACGCUGAAACUCUCCUGUGCCAUGAACUUCGCCAUCUACCCCCAUGACACUCAAGAAUGUAAACUACAGAUGGAGAGCUUAUCCCACACGACGGAAGAGUUGGUAUUCGAGUGGGAUCCAGAGGUGCCCCUUGCAGUAGACGAAAGCAUAGAACUGCCUCAGCAAGACAUCAUCCUCAAUUACACCUCAGACUGUACCCAGGUCUACUCCACAGGCAACUUCACCUGCCUGGAGGUGGUGUUUAGACUGAAGCGACGUCUUGGCUACUACGUCUUCCACACCUACAUUCCCACCUGCCUCAUCGUUAUUAUGUCGUGGGUAUCCUUCUGGAUAAAGCCGGAGAUAGCGCCAGCGCGGGUCACACUGGGUGUCACAUCAUUGCUGACACUCUUCACUCAGCAGGCAAAGUCACAAGCAUCACUUCCACCAGUUUCGUAUAUAAAAACCAUCGACAUAUUCAUGUCGUUCUGCACAGUGUUUGUGUUCAUGGCGCUCAUUGAGUAUGCGGUGGUGAACAUAAUCCUGGGGGAUGGAUCUGGUGAAACUGCCAAGGGGCCCUCCAAGCCAGAACCCAAACCCAGCAAAGCCACUGACCUUGCAAUAAAGGAGAGCAGACGGUUCCGUCGGAGAAAACCCCAAGGCAGCGGGCCGUCACCUGCACAAAAACCCUCGAGGUCGAGCAUGAGGUGA